AUGGCAGAACCUGCCAAUGCUAGGGAUCCUGUGCAAUCCAAGCCAUUGCAACCUCAGUAUAACUUGGGACAGGAUGCUGAUACUAAUGCUAAACCAAGUAAUACUAAUUCCACUACUACAGCAGCGUUAAAAAGCCAAUACCUCAACUUGAAGCCUUUGAAGAAACUCGAUUUGCCUUAUCAUCCGACAUACGAUAAUGCUGCCUCAGAUCACAAUGUAAGCUUCGUUCAAUUCCUCGACAACCUCUUUAGCGAAGUACGGGGAAUCGACUUCGAUGAAGGUUUUGAGAAUCGCGGGACCUGGAGCCCGGAGAGUGGACAUGUGAUGAUGCCCCCAUUGAACGCUACAGAGAGUAACGAUGCAAUUCCUGUUCCAGUCUCGGUUGAGAAGCGCGUCAAAGAUCUGAAUCAAGCCAAAUGGGCAGUCAGAACUUCUACCCAUAGCGACACCCAUGUCAACUUUUCCGAGUUGGGUGACUUGCUGGCGAAAGACCACGGUCGCAAUGAAGCUAUCUAUACGCCGAGCGUUUUCGACGCCGUUGAGCUGUUGAAGUGGGAUCAUGAAGAGCUAUUGAAAGCUGUACAACAGUCAGGUCACCGUGAGGAGAUUCAUAACGUGGAGAUGUUUAUAUCUCAAAUGUUUCAUACAAUGCCCAAGGUCGCUGGACUCAGCUUACUACAAGACCGCGUGUUCCAUGUGUUAAUCGUCACUGCAAACACCUACCGGUCGCAUAGUCCCUCUGAGCUCUCUAAAUCCUUUACUGUUCAGCUACCGCUUGAUUAUGCAUCAUUUGGCGAUGUCAAGAUUGUGCAAGAGAGGAGUCGGAUGAAGACGAAAGGAUCCUCACAAUGCUACCAUUUCCCCUCCAUCGCAGGGUCUGGAUCAACACCUAAUGCAAAUCCGAAGCAGCACCAGGGGAAGAAGCUGACAGAAGGCACCUACGUCUCGUUGGAGAGGCUCAUUGGCGCUCCGAGAGGAGCAGGCAUCGGUGAAGAUGUUGCGCAACAGGCAAAGUCUGCCCACAGCGACCGUCAUCGUUGGGAUAUGAUGACUUUGAGUACGGCGGGAGGCAUGACACGUAAGGCUCCGAAGGGUGUCCAGCAAAAGGAAACACUGGAAGCGAUUGCGAUGGACGUGGAGUAUGUCCUUACGCAUAUCGCGGAUCAGAGACGGAAGCGUACAACUUGA